AUGUCUUCCUCUGCUCCCUCUGCCACUGGCAAAGAGGCUGUCUCGACCAUCACGACGGAUCUAGAAAAGUCAGCGGCUGAAUCGCCUGGACCCCAGCAUGAGGCCCAUCUCGAUGCUGAUGGCGCCCUACAAAUGCUGCGAGCGGGUGGCAACAUUCCUCCUGAUCCAGCGAAAAAUAAACGCCUCAGGCGCAAGGUCGACCUCUUCAUCAUGCCGCUGAUCUGCAUUGUCUACUUUCUUCAGUACCUCGACAAGAUUGCAAUCUCGUACGGCAGUGUCAUGGGCUUGAAAAAGGACACAAAGCUGACUGGAAACCAGUACAACUGGGUGGCCAGUAUCUUUUUCUUUGGUCAGCUAGCUUUUGAGUUUCCGACAAUCCGCCUGCUGCAGAUGUUCCCUCUCGCAAAAUAUGUGUCCGUCAAUGUCGUCAUUUGGGGCACCAUCCUUGCGUGUUUGGCAGCCUGCAAGAACUUUGCCGGCCUGAUGGUCUGUCGUGCAUUCCUCGGGGUCGCAGAAGCAGCGAUUGUCCCAGCUUGGGUCUUGUUUACCUCCCAAUGGUACAGCAAAGAAGAGCAGGCAUUCCGGGUUGGCAUUUGGUUCUCUAUGUGUGGCUUUGCACAGAUGUUCGGCGGCUACGUUGCCUAUGGAAUUGCCGUCCACGUGGGACGGGACCCAAGCGCGUCUCUGGCUGGUUGGCAGAUUAUCUUCCUUUUCCUCGGACUUUUGACGGCCGUUGUUGGGAUCAUUUUCUAUUUUGUGCUGCCCGAUUCACCACUGACGGCCCGGUUUCUAUCAGCUGAAGAAAAGGCUUUGCAUGCCGAGCAUCUGCGUGGAAACGAGCAAGGUAUUGGCUCAAACGUUUUCAAGUGGGACCAGUUCUCUGAGGCACUUCGUGACGUUAAUACUUGGCUAUAUGCCUUCUGGGUCUUUGCGGCAAAUAUUCCCAACUCGAUUGCAACCAGCUUUGGCAACAUCCUGGUCACUGGAAUGGGAUUUAGCUCAACUGACAGUCUGUUACUGGUGACACCACUGGGGGCUUAUGAAGUGGUCGUCUUAAUCGGUGUUACAUGGCUCGCAAGUAGAACAAACCAACGGCUCUGGCUCUGCAUAGCUGCCCAUAUUCCGUCUAUCGUGGGGGCAAUCCUCAUGGCGACGACAGAGAAGGCAGCUGCGCUUGUGGGAUACUAUCUGUCCGGUGGGAUUCCAAUCGGAUGGACGACCAUCCUAGCCCUAACGAGCAGCAAUGUUGCAGGUUCGACCAAGAAGGUCACUGUGGCGUGCAUCGGGACGAUUGCAUAUACGGUCGGAAACAUUAUCUCGCCGCAGACCUUCCAGGCAAAGGAUGCGCCGAGGUAUCUUCCAGCAAAAAUCUCCAUCGUUAUCCUGUAUGUCCUCAUUACCAUCGACUUGUGGAUUAUCAGGGUCCUGGCGGUAAGAGAGAAUCGUCGCAGAGAUCGGAGGAAGGAGGAGCUUGGAGAGGCGUAUGUGGUGGAGAAGAACCAUGAGUUCCUCGAUUUGACCGAUAGGCAAAACUUGGAAUUUAGAUAUUCUUUGUAA